ACCUUUGUCCCAUGCCCUCGGAAUGCUGUUUUUGUGGUAGGGGUGGAGUUCUAUAGAGCGAACAGGUGAGAGGGAGGAGCCUGGAGAAGAAAGAAGUCCCAAGAUACAGGAAAAGUAAAAGACGUAAAGAAUCCAAUCAUUCGCACAAAUUAAUCCAGAUAAGAACCAGAAUUAAGAGGUAUUGUUAAUUGUUCUUUCUUCAUUCAUCAAUUCGUUAUCUCAAUGUUUGGUUCGCUUCAACACACAGCAUACCCGUGACCCUUAUCAUUCGUCACAGAGAAGUGGCCAAGAGACCAGACAAUGCCAGAGAGAAGCAGAUACCAGGAGAGGGAUGAGUAUGACAAGAGCAGGGAGAGGGACCUCACUCACGACCGAGGAAGCUCCUCACAUGAAGAGAGAGACCGGGAAAGGAAAAGAGAGAGAGACCGGCGGAAGAGAGACCAAAUGGACGAGAGGUACAGGGAUGAGAAGGACUCUGGAGCUGACAGGAGGGUCAGAGAGAAGGACUACUCUGACAGACAGCGGGAUACGACACCUCACUCUCACAAGGACGCACCACCUGACCACAGAGGCAGUAGUCAACAAGGACAACAGAGAGAGUAUACAGAAGCCUCCACAUCUCCCUCUGUGGGGGAAUACUAUGAGCCACAACACAGACAGGCUCUGUACAACCUCAGAUAUGCCUUAACAGCCAGAGGUCUAUGCCAGAUAAUGGAGGUCUUUGUAAACCUGCUGAUAGUCAUCUGCUCAGGAGUGUCCUACAGUAACUCCGGGGGUUACCGGGACCUGGCCAGCCUCGGGGGUAUCUACCAGUACUACUAUGGAGGAGCACAGGCUUUCACUGGAGCCGAUGCAGACAGGGUCAAGGAGCUGGACAAACUGUUCCACCAGCUCAAGCUACCUCCAUACAUCUUCAGCAUGGCCUGUGGAGGGGCUCUGAUGGUUUAUGCCUGCAUCAUUCUGGCUUUCGGGGUUUUGAGAGUCCCUUACCGCUGGCCCCCUGUGCUGCUGGGUGAGGCCCUGGUGAACCUCCUGAUCGGCCUGGGCUACAUCCCUGCCCUGGCCUUCUACUUCAUCAAGCUGCAGGAGACCUACGACAACCCCAUCUGUACAGAGAGGGAAGCGCUCUACAAGAGCAAAGGGCAUCAGGGCUUUGCGUGUGCACUCAAUGGAGCAGACAUCGCUGGAGGCCUCUUCGGGGUGCUUGGAGUCAUUGUUUUCAUCUUCGGAAUAGUCUUGGCCAUCCGUGCUUUCAGGGCAGUGAGGGAGAUGAAGAGACUGAGAGCGAUGGAAGAUGUUAACUUAUAAUGGGGUUUGCUCACCCCCACUGUGAAUAGAGUGGAAAAAAUGUAGGGUUGAGGUCAAAUUUGGUCAAAUUUGUCAAAUAAAUGCUAGUGUAUUUUUAAUGAACUGUGAUUGAUAAAGUUUAACUGUACAAAGAGCAAUUUUGUACAUUUGUGACUUCAAAAACCACACACUUGUUUUACUAAAUGUUACAGAUGUGAGACAUCUACACUGUCAAACAUUGUUCUUUACUAAUAAAAAUCUUAAACA